CAAGGCGAUCGCUGUUUCAGACGAAAGAAAUAGCUUACAGCGACAGCACGACAGCUUAUCAGCGAAGAAAACACUAAAACGAAACCAAAGUGUGGAUUGUGAAAAGUUAGAAAACUGGAAAAAGAUAAAUUUUCUUAUAGUCAAAGAAGCUCACAUUGUAAAAGUAGAUGUUGUAAAUUCCUCAACAAAUUAUAACAUUUUAACUUCAGUGCAGUGAAAAUAUAACAUACCAAACGUUAAUCAUUUCAUUUUUAAUUUUGUUAAAAAAUAAUAAAAAUUAGUCUAUUCGCGAGUGCAGAAGUUGCAACGUUCUAAAUUGCAAAUAUCCAAGUGAUUUAGACAGCAACAGUAGUGUCCACAGUUACAAGAACCGUCAACUGCAUAGCUCUGUACAAUAUAAUUGAAUUGAGAAAGGGGAAAAUAACGAAGUAGUAUCAGAAUGUUUAACCAACGCAAGCUUUACUCUUGCCUGCUACUUUUAAUAGUUUCUGCUAAUUGCCUGCUCCUCACUUGGGCAUAUCCUCAAAAUGAAGUUUAUCAACAGCGACAUAUUCAACAAGGCCGCCAGUCCCCCAUUUAUCAGCCCACAGCUGAAUCCACGGGCCGCAAAUAUGCGGUGAAACCCAAUGCAUCCAAAAAAGUGGCUUUAGAUGAUGUAGAGGAUGACGGCGAUGUGGUGAAUCAAUUGAGCGAGACACCCACCGGUUUUUCUUGGUCCAAUAUGUUGUCGACUGUUUUAACGAUGUUCUUCAAUGGAGCAGCGAACGUGCCCUCUAAAUCUGAUGAUGUAGACAACUCAGUCGGUUUCGGUGGCUCACCCUGGGCCAAUGUAAUAUCGAUGGGUCUGAAAAUUAUUAACACACUUUUGGGCGGCGGUGCUCCAAGCGACGGUAUUGAUAAGGUUGACAACGGCGGCUCUCCAAUGCAGAACAUCUUAGCUGCUGUGCUGUCAUCAGUGCUUGGUACCAAAGAUCCCGAUCAAGUGAAUUCGAUGGCGAAACAAGCUGGAGAGUUCAUUCAAAUCGUGAUGAAUUUGCUUGAUGCACUGAAGACAUCAUUCUCUCAUCGGUCGUUAUCUGCCCGCUCGAUGGGCAAGCGGGACUCGGUCAGUGACGCCACAGUCGCCGGUCUCUCCCUUCUGAAAGGUUACGUGCGUACUUACCGCAAUGCAGACGACAAGUGCAUGCAACGCUAUAUGUGUGAAGCAAACUCAGAGUGUGUUCGCGAAAUUGGAGGUGCCAGCAUCUUCUGCCAACUGGGAUCUUAUGCCACUAGCUACUUCCUGGAUCGCAGCAGCGAUGGUAAGUUCGAACAUUUAUAUGAUGCGGGACGCAGAGGACGCUCCGGCUAUGACUGUCAUCAACUGUUUCUUGAGUGUAAUGAAGUUUAGGACUUGAUAUAUCUUGGCGGAAAUUCUUCAUUGACUAAGUCAUAUGAAUAUGCUGCAAAAAUCCGUGAUGAUGAGAGAGAAUACAUACAUACAUAAAUUAUACAAGUUAUUUUAAUUGACGCACACAUGUAUCUCGGUCGAUUAAUCGUUAAGUUUAGGUUAAAAAAUAAUGUAUUUAUUUAUUUAUGUGCGAAAAGAAAUAAAGCAUAAAGACAAGACAUGCGCUAAUUAGGUUAGUAAAUUAUAAAUAACAAAUAAACAAGCAAAUGGAUUUGCCGAAAGUAA